CCGGAUGAUGAGCAAGAGUUGGAGGACGAGGGCGGUUCAUCCCAAAUUGUUGGGGAUGACUUUGACGUUCUUAAGUGGUGGAAGGAAAAUGAAAGAACGUUCCCGAUUUUAUCAAAGAUGGCUAAGCAAGUGCUGGCAAUGCCGAUAUCAACAAUUGCCGUGGAACAAGAAUUUAGUGCGGCCGGCAACGUCCUAACCGAUUAUAGAACGAGAUUGAGCCUGAGCUCUCUUGAGACGCUUGUUUGCUUCCACGAUUGGUUGAAGGCCCAACGAAGAACUCAAGAAAUGAGCAUCGCUCCCACCUGCCACUUUAUGGAGGAAACAACCGAAUACGGAGAUUCCGAUUGAUUAUUUAUUACAAAAUUUAUUACAUUUAUUAAAUUAAUCCUAAUUCUCAAUUGUACUUUGAAAUAAAUAUACUUGAAUUUUUUUUAUAUUAUUGUGUAUUUCAAUUCAAGAAUCAACAAAAAAAUUAAAAAGCACGGAACCGG